UGCAAAGCUCAUCUCUCGAAAAGAAGAGGAACAUCACAACAUGGAAACACUAAUGACGACGAAUAGAAGCCCCAAAUAGCUCGAUUAUGUUAUGCGCUUUCAUAAUCAUUGCCAUUACUUAAUACAUACAUUGCGAUUUUGACAUUCGAGGUGUGUUAAUGUUUAUUUUUUUAUUUUUUUAACACGACACAACUCAUUACUUGCCCCACGUUUUCAUUAUACGAUGUGUAAAUUCUACAGUUGAAUUUUGAAUAUUUUGUAUUCUCCAUAUUAGUAGCCUACUGAUGAUUUGAUUGGAUAUAUGAUCAGAAAGAACUGAGUGUAUUUUUAUGAAUAAGAGGAAAAGAGAGAGGAUUGCACAUCUGGAAAUGUUGGUAUUCGUCAUUCGAUAUUUUCAGCAUCUGAAUUGAACAACACAUUUUGUUGUACAACGCUGUCUGGAAAACAUCUCCCUUCCCUCUGGCAAAAGAAUCGCAGUGUGUUUCAGUUGGACAGACUGGACAGAGUGCAGCCGACACAGCGACGGUGUGAGUGGAGCAGAGAGAACCGAGGAUGGGGGGCGGAGGUCAGCAGACAGAGUCAAGCGAGCCGGCCAAGGGUGACGGGGUUGGGCCCGAUGGAGGGCGAGGUGGCAGUGCAGUCUACACCUGGGAAGAGGUUCAGAAGCACUGCCACAGAAGCGACCAGUGGUUGGUCAUCGACAGGAAGGUCUAUAAUAUUACCCAGUGGGCGAAGAGACACCCGGGGGGCAUCAGGGUCAUCAGUCACUUUGCUGGAGAAGAUGCCACGGAAGCAUUUUCCGCAUUCCAUCCCGAUCCUAAUUUUGUCAGGAAGUUUCUGAAGCCGUUGCUGAUUGGAGAGCUGACACCGACAGAGCCCAGCCAGGACCAGGGGAAAAACGCAGCACUGGUGCAGGACUUCCGGGCCUUGCGCCACCGUGUGGAGAGUGAGGGUCUCCUCCGUGCCCGCCCCCUGUUCUUCAGCCUCUACCUGGGCCACAUCCUGCUACUAGAGGCCCUGGCUUUGGGCCUGCUCUGGGUCUGGGGGACCAGCUGGAGCCUCACACUGCUCUGUUCCAUCAUGCUGGCCACGUCUCAGGCCCAGGCUAGCUGGCUGCAGCAUGACUUCGGCCACCUGUCAGUCUGCAAGAAAUCCAGUUGGAAUCACGUACUGCAAAAGUUUGUAAUUGGACACCUAAAGGGUGCCUCUGCUAACUGGUGGAACCAUCGUCACUUCCAGCACCACGCUAAGCCCAACGUGUUUAGUAAAGAUCCUGAUGUCAACUCACUGCAUGUCUUCGUCCUGGGAGACAAACAGCCUGUAGAGUAUGGUAUAAAGAAGUUGAAGUACAUGCCCUACCAUCACCAACACCAGUACUUCUUCCUCAUUGGACCUCCACUACUUAUUCCAGUGUAUUUCCACAUCCAGAUAUUGCGGACCAUGUUUUUACGACAGGACUGGGUGGAUCUGACGUGGUCGAUGAGUUUCUACCUUCGCUUCUUCUGCUGUUACUAUCCAUUCUUUGGUUUCUUUGGCUCAGUAGCAUUGAUCAGCUUCGUCAGGUGUUUGGAAAGCCACUGGUUUGUAUGGGUGACCCAGAUGAAUCACCUUCCUAUGGAGAUGGAUCACGAGCGACAACAGGACUGGCUCACCAUGCAGUUGAGUGCUACUUGCAACAUUGAACAGUCAACCUUCAACGACUGGUUCAGUGGACACCUCAACUUUCAGAUUGAACACCAUCUGUUUCCUACCAUGCCCCGUCAUAACUACCACCUGGUGGCUCCUCUGGUCCGUGCUUUGUGUGAGAAACAUGGAGUUCCCUACCAGGUCAAGACUUUGCAGAAAGGCAUCACUGAUGUUGUCAGGUCACUGAAGAAGUCAGGGGAUCUGUGGCUGGAUGCGUAUCUCCAUAAAUAAAUCCCUUCCUGACUCUGGACGGGAUUUAAUCCAUCGCAGAUUAACGACCUGCGAACAGAGAGGACAUUUCCUGGAUGUUUUUGAUGAUAAUGAUCGCUGCAAACAUUAUUGUGAUAUAAUUGUUUUAAUCCUUGUCAGCAGUGAAUGGGGAUCCAUAGCAUAAAUAAGUCACAGGGGCGGCAUGGUAGCCUAGUGGUUAGAGUGUAGAGGUGGCAGGUAGCCUAGUGGUUAGAGUGUAGAGGUGGCAGGUAGCCUAGUGGUUAGAGUGUAGAGGUGGCAGGUAGCCUAGUGGUUAGAGUGUAGAGGUGGCAGGUGGAUGUUUUUGAUGAUAAUGAUCGCUCCAAACAUCGUGGAUGUUAGCUCAAGCGUAAAUCACCUUUUUAAAAAGUCAAUCACAGGUCUGCAUGUCAAACUUGAUGUCUGGUGUGAAACCUACCCCCCACCCACCCCUGCCAUCUUAAUACUGCCUACCAAACAGAGUACUCUAAUGUACAGGUACUAUAUAGUAUACUACAUAGUAGAGUAAUAGUGUAAUAAAAUAUUGUGUUAUUUGAUGAUGUUGUUGUGAUGUUGCUGUUUUAACCUGGUUUGCACCCCAGGAAGAGUAGCUGUUAAUUGGGAUCUUAAUUAAUACAAAAUAUUCUUAUAUUCUUAUAUCUGAGUGGCCUGUCUGUGUGGUGGUGAUAUCACUGUGUGGUUUACAUUGCUGUGAGGUAUUUUCUAUCAUAGUAUAGUGUUGACCGAGAUUUCAAACAUGUCUUAUACACUGUAAAGAUUUGCAUUGUCCUUUUUUAUUUAUUUUUUAAAUACCUUUUUUAUUUUUUAUUAUUUGAGUACAAGACUAUCAUGUCAGUCAACGACACGACGCUUACUGUGCUGUGAAUGUGAGUUGCCUUCACCGAGUUCAGGGUCGUGUUCAGUUGAGAGAAAAUGUUUUGAAACAGGGAGGUAUAACCUGAAAUUGUCCAAUAGGAAUAUAGAAUUUUCUGUUGUCCGUUGCAAAACGUCUUGCUACAAUCUGCCCUAUUGAAAGAAAACGAUCCUAGACUAUGUGGCUGAGCUAUUGCUCUGUAAAGUGUGGUUGUUAGAUUACAUCUGUACACUAAGGGGAGCUCUAUGGAGAUUGGUUGCUGCGGAUACAACAUUUUGGCAGUAAUACACCCCACCCCCCACCCCCCCACCCAUCGUGCCCACUCUGUCUGGACCCGUUUAUGGAAGCAGAAGCUAAUGGAGAAGCUGAUAGAGAAGCUAACGGAGAAGCUAACAGAGAAGCUAAUGGAGAAGCUAAUAGAUGGAGAAGCUAAUGGAGAAGUGAAUAGGGAAGCUAAUAGAUGGAGAAGCUAAUAGAGAAGCUAAUAGAUGGAGAAGCUAAUGGAGAAGCUGAUAGAGAAGCUAACAGAGAAGCUAAUGGAGAAGCUAAUAGAUGGAGAAGCUAAUGGAGAAGCUAAUAGGGAAGCUAAUAGAUGGAGAAGCUAAUGGAGAAGCUAAUAGAGAAGCUAAUAGAUGGAGAAGCUAAUGGGGAAGCUAAUAUAGAUGCUAAUAGAUGGAGAAGCUAAUGGAGAAGCUAAUGGAGAAGCUAAUAGAUGGAGAAGCUAAUGGAGAAGCUAAUAGAUGGAGAAGCUAAUAGAUGGAGAAGCUAAUGGAGAAGCUAAUGGAGAAGCUAAUGGAGAAGCUAAUGGAGAUGCUAAUAGAGAUGCUAAUAGAUGGAGAAGCUAAUGGAGAAGCUAAUAGGGAAGCUAAUAGAUGGAGAAGCUAAUAGAUGGAGAAGCUAAUGGAGAAGCUAAUGGAGAAGCUAAUGGAGAAGCUAAUGGAGAUGCUAAUAGAGAUGCUAAUAGAUGGAGAAGCUAAUGGAUUUCUCUUCUGUAAGAUCAGAUCAGAAUAAAACUGUUUUGUCUGUUUCCGUAGACAAAAAGAAACAGGUUAAUAGUGAAUGAUAAUCUACUUUCGUAUUGUUCUUUGGCUACGUCUUAUAUUUAUUAAAACGACAAAACAUUGUA